AUGAAAAAAAAGGUUACAAAAGAACAAAAAACUGAGAAAAUAUCUAAAGAAAAGAAAGAUAAAGGGAAAACUAAAAGAAAAGCAAAAGCAGUGAGUGAAGAAGACUCAACAGAAAAGAGGUGUUCACCAGGAGCUUUGCUAUCAGUUAUCAAAUGUUUCAAAAAACUUCAAAAAGAUUGUGUGAGGCAUAUGGGUUUUGGGGCACUAUUAAAGAUGAAGCUGACUGAAGUCAUACAAGCAUUAAGUUCUUUUGUUCUUGAGAAGUUUAAUCUAACAACAAUGAAAAUUGUUCUUCAAAAUGGGGUUGUGAUUGAUGUGACAAGAGAAUCAUUGAAUCAAAUACUUGGAUUUCCUUUAGAAAAGAAAAAGUUUUCAAAACUUCCAUUUGAAAUGAAGAUGAAAAAACUUAUGAAGGAUGGACAAAACAAUUUGAUAAAAAAAAUGAUAAGACUUCAUGAGAUAAAGAUUAACACUGUUACCUCCGACAAUGCGAAUAUGAACUUCGAGAUGAACUUCAUUUCUUUGUUGACCAAUUCUCUUAUAGAAUCAAGCUCAACUGGAAAAGCAAACGCAUAUCCCAUGAACUACAUAAUGAAGAAAGCAAAUAUAAGCAACAUUGACUGGUGCUCCUACUUCCUUGACUAUUUGGUUAAAACCAAACGAUCUUUUGAUUCAUCGAAUUCAACAAAAAAAUUUGUUAGACCAUCUACAUUUUUAGUGGAUUAUGAAGUUAUGAUUGUGACAAAGUGUAGGAAGUUCGGGUUGUUGAUUAAAAAUGGAGUAAAUAACUUCCCAAAAAAUGUAAGAUUGAAUCAUUUGAAAAUUAUGAUGGACAAAUUUUUUAAUGAUGAGGAAGAAGGUGAUGAAAAAGAAAAGCAAAAUGAUGAUGAUGAUAAUAAAGAUGAUGAUGAUGAUGAUGAUGAUGAUGAUGAUGAUGAUGAUCAUGAUAACGAGGAUGAAAAUGUUGAAGGCGGUGAGUAUACUAAAGAAGGAGGUUUUGAUGGAAAUAUACAUAAAGGAGUUGGUAAAAAAACUAUUGAUGAUAAGGGAAAUAAGAAUGUUCAAAAAAUAGGUUGUGAGAAACAUAAAGUUCGUUCGGAAGAUGAAAAUGGUGAUAAUGAUCAAGUUGCUAGGAAUAAAGAAAACAUUUGUCAUAAUGAAGAAGAACAAGAUGUUGAAGGAGGAGGUGUAGAAGGGAAGAAUAUUGAAUGGAAGAAUGCUGGAGAAUGA